ACAGUGACAUCACGAACACGACAUUGGCAAUUCUAAAAAUUGCAGCAGAAAAGAAAGAUCUUCCCGUUCCUGCAGUUUUGUAUUGAUCUUCUACUAAAUAUUUGUUCGUGACAUUUCUAAAAGAACAACAGAAAAAUGCAAGGUUUGAGCCUUCAAAGCUUGAAGAAGCACAAAGCUUUGAUCCCGCUAUACGUAUGCACGGCCCUGGGUUGCGGCGGAGCGGUGUUCUACCUUUUGCGGCUGGCUACACGCUCGCCCGACGUCUCCUGGAGCAAGAGGAACAACCCCGAGCCCUGGGAAGAGUACAGGACAAAGCAGUACAAGUUCUACUCGCCCAACAGGGAUUACAGUAAGGAGGGGUCUCCGGCUCCCAAAUACUAAAAUUGGAUCAGUUGAAUCAAUAGCACCGAUUGCUUUACAUUAUUGCUAGAAGUUUAUCAUUUAAUAAAUAGAAUAUGUGAUAUCCAAA